ACGUGUAAGUUUUCUAUUGGCUUGGGAAGUGGAACCAGAGAAAAUAUGAAGAGCGCUCUCCCUCCAUUGGAGUUUGCACUUGCAGCCAAAAAUGGCGGAAGAAGAACAACAAGAGAAGCAGUAUUGCCGUGGAAUCCAAGUCCGCGCCAUGCAAUUCACUUACGAUGUUCAACAACCACCGCUCUUCCUCGACUUCAACCUUAACGUCGCUCCCGGAUCGCGAUGCCUCCUCGUCGGUGCCAAUGGAUCCGGGAAAACGACUUUGCUGAAGAUUCUAGCGGGGAAGCAUAUGGUUGGAGGAACAGACGUCGUGCGUGUGUUGAACUGUUCUGCUUUUCAUGACACUAAACUCGUUUGUAGUGGAGAUCUCGCUUAUUUAGGGGAAUCCUGGAGCAAAAACGUUGGUUCUGCUGGAGAAAUUCCGCUCCAGGGUGACUUCUCUGCCGAACAUAUGAUUUUUGGAGUUGAGGGCGCUGAUCCUGAAAGGAGAGAUAAGUUGAUUGAGCUGCUUGAUAUAGACCUGCAGUGGCGAAUGCAUAAGGUAUCUGAUGGGCAGCGGCGUCGAGUGCAAAUCUGUCUUGGUCUUUUAUAUCCAUUUAAGGUUCUCUUGCUGGAUGAGGUUACUGUUGACCUGGACGUUGUUACUCGGAUGGAUUUAUUGGACUUCUUUAAGGAAGAAUGUGAGCAGAGAGAAGCUACAAUCGUAUAUGCAACUCAUAUUUUUGAUGGACUAGAGACAUGGGCAACUCAUUUGGCAUACAUACAAGACGGUGAACUGAGAAGAGCAGAAAAAAUAUCAGAUGUUAACGAGUUGAAGUCUUCAACUAAUCUGCUGUCAGUUGUUGAGUCCUGGCUUCGUGCUGAAACAAAGCUUGAGAAGAAAUCCCAUGUUCAAAAGACUUCCUUUGCUAGCUCUCCGUUCUUUUCAUCUAGACAAAUGGCAUACUAUCGAUAGUCUCUUUUGACACAAAAUUCUUGUGAAAAUAAUGUGAGAGAGACAAAUAUGAGUAAUUCAUUCUGUCUUGCUUGUGAAGUUAGUGGUAGUUUAUACUUUGUUAUUCUGUAGUAGCUAUACGUUUAAACAAGCAUGCAAAUGAAUCAUAGCCUUGUAAUUAGCAGGCCAUCAUGAAGUCAUUUGAGGCUGGCUUUGGCCAAUAACACGUAUUCGUUUGUUUGACUUGCGGUGACUAGACACUUUUG